AAAGCAAUCUUAGACACUGGGAAUGGUAUGCCCAUUGCUGAUGGGCUUCUCAUCAAUGGCCGUGGUUGGAAUGGAUACACAUUCAAUGUUGAUCAUGGUAAGACAUACAGGUUCAGGAUUUCAAAUGUGGGUCUUACCACAUCCAUCAACUUCAGAAUUCAGGUACACAAGUUGAAGCUGAUAAAGGUGGAAGGGUCUCACACACUUCAGAACACCUACUCUUCCCUUGAUAUCCAUCUGGGCCAGUCUUACUCUGUUUUGGUUACUGCCGAUCAGCCUGUACAGGAUUACUACAUUGUUGUUUCUUCACGUUUCACCAACCCAGUUCUCACAACUACAGCCAUUCUCCAUUACAGUAACUCAGUUAAAGGAGUUUCUGGUCCUCCUCCUGGUGGUCCAACAACUCAAAUCGAUUCGUCUCUCAACCAGGCCAGAUCUAUCCGAUGGAAUUUGACUGCAAGUGGUUCAAGACCCAAUCCUCUAGGCUCUUAUCACUAUGGAUUGGUAAACACCGCCCGUACAAUCAAGCUUGCCAAUAAUGCAAACUUCGUUAAUGGCAAGCAGAGGUAUGCUGUUAAUGGUGUCUCCUUCGUUCCAGCAGACACACCAUUGAAACUAGCAGAUUACAAGAUCCCUGGCGUCUUCAAUUUUGGAAGCAUUCCCGAUAAAUAUCCUGGUGACGGCAGAUGCGACCUUAAGACUUCUGUCAUGGCUGCAGAUUUCAGGGCUUAUGUUGAGAUUGUGUUUGAGGAUUGGACGGACACUGUACAAUCAUGGCACAUAGAUGGUUAUUCCUUUUUUGUAGUCAGGUAA